AUGGGUGGAGUCCAGAGUGACCAACAAGAAUUCUGCAGUGACACAAUGGCUUCGAGGAACUGGGUCUGCCUAUUGACUUUUUGCAUUUUAACUGCAGAAUCACAUGCUCAGCUUGAUGUAUGUGGCACCGUUCCACUCAACACCAGGAUAGUUGGAGGUGAAGACGCUCCAGCUGGAAGUUGGCCCUGGCUGAUUAGUCUGCAGAGAUUUGGCAGCCAUGUUUGUGGUGGAUCCCUCAUCAACAGAGAGUGGGUGAUGUCUGCUGCUCACUGCUUCUCCAGUACGAGUACGUCUGGAUGGCGGGUUUCUCUGGGUCGUCAGAACCUGCAGGGCAGUAACCCAAAUGAAGUGUCCAGCACUGUUGCUGGGAUAGUGUUACACCCUGCUUAUGACAUCUUCAACAACGACAUUGCUCUGCUCAGACUCUCCUCACCAGUCAAAUUCACAGACUACAUCAGACCUGUGUGUCUGGCAGCCAGUGACAGUGUGUUCACCAACGGUACUGAUAGCUGGGUCACUGGCUGGGGCAAGGUCCAGGAGGGAGUUGUCUCUCUUCUUGUUGGUCUCUCAUUGCCGUUCCCUAAAACUCUUCAGGAAGUGAAGUUGCCAGUUCUAGGAAACAGACAGUGUAACUGUCUGCAUGUCGGUAGAGUCACAGACAACAUGCUCUGUGCUGGUGUUCUGGCAGGAGGCAAAGACUCAUGUCAGGGUGACUCAGGAGGUCCGAUGGUGAACCAGCAGGGCUCCGUCUGGGUCCAGUCUGGAAUUGUUAGUUUUGGUCUUGGCUGUGCUCGGCCCAAUCUGCCGGGAGUCUACUCCAGAGUGUCCCGUUACCAGUCCUGGAUCAACUCCCACAUCAAAUCUGAUAAGCCGGGCUUUGUCCAGUUCAACUCCAGUGGGCUGGAUGCUGACAGCAGCUACAUCUGUCCUGGUCUGUCACCUCCUCUUGUUACUUCUGCUGCUGCUACUACUACUACUACUACUACUACUGCUACUGCUACUACUGCUACUGCUACUGCUACUACUACUACUGCUACUGCUACUGCUGCUACUGCUACUGCUACUGCUACUGCUGCCAAAACUUCAAGAUUCGGGAUGUUAGGGCUGACUGUGAAGUAG